AUUCUUUUAGCCAAUACAUUUAGGAUCAUUUCUAUAGGGUGAAGAGGUUGAGAGCUAAUGAACUAUAGAUAUUUCAGAGUAUUCAAGAUAAGUCUCCUCCAAAACUCCCAUCUCCAACACCCCAAACCGUAAACCUCUCCAAGAACUAGGGUUUUUAGAUCCCCUUCUCGCAGGAGCUUUUCCGCCAUCGAUGCCCAGCGUUUUCAAGCUCCUCAUGAUCCUCUCCACUCCUCUUCCACUCCGUCCCUCAGCUACAAUCCACUUUGCCCGCCACUCCCGCCUGCCGCUCGACGUUCUUUCCUCCACAGUUGCUUCUCGUGGCCUCCUUCUCUCCGUUGUGCCCUCUUUAAAGUUUGGGUUUUCUAUUAGAGCGGCGGAGCAAGUCCACACGCAGGCAAUUGCCAAAGAAGGGUGCAGCGAGACAGUGACUUCAUAUCCUGGUCUCAAGGAUUCGUAUUCAUGGCCGGAGUGGUCGAAGCUGACAGGUCAUCUGUUGGCUAAAGGUUACUCGCGGCGUCAAGUUACUACCGGUGAUCAGGAUGAUUCCAUGUUGACGGACAAGGAUUUGCCUGAGGAGUUUUUGAGGGCUGCCGAGGCUUGCUUAGACUUUGCAAGGGAACGACCUGAUGUAUUGAGGCUUCUUACCAAGAAGUAUAUAAAGGGAGUUGUAGAGAAUGCUUCUCCGUUUUUGUUCAAGAAUGGUGACAAGUCAGUCAGUCGCAUGAGGUUGUUUUUAAGUGGCGAUGCAAGUGCUGCACCGGAGCCUGAAAAGGCACAAACUAUUGAUAUCAUGCGCUACUUGUUGAGUUAUAUGUAUAAACCUUACUCUCCUUCAAAUGGGAACCAGCUUAAAGAUUAUGAAUCUGUUGAAACAUCUGUGCGGAAAUUGUUGCUUGAGUUAUUUAAUUUCAGUGGAACUGUCUGGAGAUCUAAAUUGACAGAACUAACCAAGAAACAACUUCCCUUGGGGAAUGAGCAAUUGUCAAGAUCUCCAGGGCAAAGUAUCGAGAUGAAAAGGGGCGAUUGGAUUUGCCAAAAGUGUACUUUUAUGAACUUCGCUAGGAACAUGGCUUGCCUGGAAUGUGGUGAGGGUCGACCUAAAAGGCACUUGACUGGUGCAGAAUGGGAAUGCCCUCAAUGUGAUUUCUUCAAUUACGGGAGGAACACAUCAUGCCUAAGGUGUGACCACAAGCGUCCUGGAGACGAGCUGCUAAGUCCUUCCUCUGCUGCUGGUGUGGAACACACCAGAAGUUCAAAUAUUGAGCAAAAUAUCUCAGUUUCUAGGCAAGAAAGUUCCAUAAGAUCAGGGCCUGAUGAUGCUUCUGAUUCAAUCAGCCGUAGUUUGGAUAGGAUACUAGGCCGUUCAUCAUCAACUCCAUCAGGAAAUAUGUCUACUUCUGGAGAUAAUAAUACUUCAGGUUUAGGUAAUUUUAGCUCCUCGCAGUCGAGGCAGAACAUGGCAAAACAGAGAAGAAACCCUGACAGCGUUCCUUUCGUCCCUUUACCUCCAGAUAUGUUUAGGAAAGCUCAGGAAUCAAACGAUGGUGUGCAACAAUCUUCAGACAAAGAGGUUGCUUCUUCCCGUGAUUUAAUUGAUUCUCUGUUUAAGACCUCUGAGAACUCAUUAAAGAGUGAUAACACUGAAGAAUCUUCAAAUGCAUCACUAAGGUGGUCCAAAACGGCUGCUGAACUUGAAAAUGUGAAAGAUCCAGCAAAUGCUGUGUCUGAUGAUGACUUCCCAGAUAUCAUGCCGAUACGCAAAGGAGAGAACAGAUUUGUAGUCAGCAAGAAGAAGGAUCGGUCCUUGACUUCGCCUGCAUAUAAGAGGCGACUAGCCAUGGAACAAGCUAAUAAUUACAACUACGUUCCCUUUGUACCUUUCCCUCCAGGUUAUUUUGCCAAGAAAGACAACCAGCUGGCCACCGAUUCCACUGAAAGCUCUGCACCUUUGGAUAAGGUUGAAGCCUUAACAUCAUCAGAGCAAUCUGGUGGUGAAAGUUCUGGGGAUAGUUAUAAAGCUGAAUAUUCUGGUAUGAACUUGAAGCAGAAUAAUCCCAACUCAUCAAACCAGCAAUCUAACUCAUGGAAUAACAAUACUUAUUCAUCUCAGGCGCCUAUUACUUCAGCAAACUACGACACUGCAAAUUCAACCAGACCAUCUAAUAACUCCUGGAAUAACAAAAAUAACUCUCAUGGUGGAUCAACUGCAAAUCCAACUCAGUCAUCAGGUAGCUCAUGGAAUAGUGGAUCUGCUCAUGUAAACAAUGUCUCUGUUGGUAUUUCUCAGCAAUCACAGAAUCGUCAAAAUAGUGGCGAUAUUCCAAGUGGAGGUUAUUCUGGGAAGAGUUUGGAAGGAUCCUGUGUUAAGGAGCCGGAUCCUCUGGAUAUGUCUGAGGAGGCAAAAGCGGAGAGAUGGUUCCGCAGAGCAGCACAGAUCAAGGAUAUUUCAGAGCUCAGCCAAAUUCCUGAUGAAGAUUUUCCAGAAAUCAUGCCUAUGAGGAAGGGUGUGAACAGAUUUGUUGUGAGCAAGAGGAAGACCCCUCUUGAGAGGAGACUAACAUCUCCACAAUACAGAAGAAACUUGCCAGUUGUGAGUUCUGAACCAGAGAAGGAUGCAAGCAACUGAAGGGAGCAAUCAAAAUCAUUCCAUAUUUGCGGCAGCAAGCAGGAUGGUAAGAGAUUUACAUGUUGCAUGUUCUGCUUAUUUUUAAAGAAGAAAUUCUUCUUGAAAUUUUUAUUAGAAGAAUGAACUAUAUGAAACUUUUGUUUAAAGACCAUGUGGAUUGUGGAAUUUAGUGAUGUAUUUUUUAUAAUUUUCUAAAUUUCUUUUGAAUGUGGAAUCAUAAAAACUCUUAUGUUUCA